AUGGUGGUCGAGCAACCAAGUCUAUCCCAGACGCCGGCCAACGAAGCUUUUGCCCGCUCUUGUUCAUUGAGUUCCGACCACAUGAGCUCGGCGGCCGAUUUUCAAUUGGCCUCAGAUGCAGACAUGACCGACCAGGACCAACUCUCUACUGGCGGCCGGGCAUCUCUAUCUGAAGUUGCCACUCCACGCCCUGGAGAAAUCCGACUAGCCUCUCCGGAUGUGACACCCAAGUCCAGCGAGGGCCUGCGGUGGACAGAUCCCAUCGACUCUUGUGCUGGCUCUCCGGAAGCCACAGAAGCCAACGAGUUCUGCAUUGUCUCAGCUGACGACCGGACGCUAGACUCAGAGUGUGACGGUGACUGUGCGAGCGAGGCAUUGGAGAUCGCAUCGCCCGAGCCGGGAAAGUGCCCUGAGCUUCAGGAGACCCCACUCCACUUCCACAGCCGCCUCGACGGUCGAGACCACACGGGGCAGUUGAUCCGCAAUGUGGAGUUGCUUGGGCGGCGGUACUUGGUUGUCCGCACGGAGCCCUCAAAGGAGGACUUGCAACAAGGCAUGAGAUCCAUCAUCCACGUCUUCGGCUUGGGCUAUUUAAAUGCCGGCAAUGAUGAUGUUGUGAUUCUGGACAGGCCCUGCAAGGUGUGCUCCAAGGAGUGCAGCAGCAGUGACAGCAGCAGCGACAGCGAUGCGGAAGCUCCCGAGCCAGAGAACCCUGGCAAGGGGGCCAGGAAAGCUGGUGAACACUCGGCAGAGGAGCCGGGCAUUUUUGUCUUGGACACUACACGCUUUCGCCAGAGAGAGCUGCUGGGAAGCGGGGGCUUUGCGGAUGUCUACAGGUACGAAAAACUGGAUCUCGGGGGUCCAUCUGAAUCCUUCGCCGUGAAGGAGGUGGACUUGCAGAUUCUGUCGUCCCGAGUGGGAGCUGACCAGGAGAGACUGGUACGCUGGGUGGCCCGCUUGGAGUUUGAGGUUCGUAACCUGAUGAAGCUUCGCGGCCACCCGGGGGUUGUGAAGGUCCAUGAUGCCUUUGCCUACCGCCGAAAGUUCUACAUAGUGAUGGAGUACGUGAAUGGCACAGACUUGGGCAGACGACUCAAAGGCCGCGGGCGCCUGACAGAGCUCGAGGCACGUGGCCUCUUUGCGCAGAUGGCCGAGGCCCUCCGUCACAGCCAUGCCCUGGAUGUGGUGCACCGGGACUUCAAGCCGCACAACAUCCUUCUGGCGAGUCCCCUGCGCCCGGGACAGCCAGAUGUGGUGAAACUGGUCGACUUUGGCUUGAGCAAGGACAUCAGCGGCUGCGCGUCUGGAACAUCGACACCUUUCUUGGGCACCAAGUACUAUAGGGCUCCGGAGACUCGCCACGUGACACCGGGUCAGGAGAACUACGAUGCUGCCAAGGUGGACGUGUACGCUCUGGGCGUGACCCUGUAUGCGAUGUUGGCUGGCAAUCACCCACAAGAAGGUGAAGAGGUCACGGAGGUGACGCUCCGGGGCGCAGCCUGGCAGCGGGUGAGCCAGGAGGCCAAGGAUCUGCUGCUCGGCCUGCUCAAACAUGAGCCAGAGCAUCGCCUCAGUCUUGAUGACGUCAUUGAGCACCCGUGGCUGUGUGCGGUAUGGGCUACAGGUGAUGAGAGCGGUGAGCAGGAGUCAGCACGCUCACCGUCAGGCGACGACGGAGAGGAAGCAGAAGAACCAGCUUUGCUGGGCCCAAACUUUCUGGCUGCCUUUCCGGAAGCACCGGCGACAUCUUCUGCAGCCCGCAUCCCUGCCGAAGGUGGAAGCAGCCACGGAAGCCCUGUCCAGUCUGCAAGUGCACCUGGCUGGGAGAACGUCCUGAGCUGGUUGCACGCUGAUGCCGCUUCUGCACAAGCUCAACAGGUGCUGUCGCAUGCUGGAAAGGCGGCCGCCCCCUCAGUCGCCUUCGGCCGCGCUCCGCUGGGCCCAGGCAGGACGGGGCCACGAACUGCAGCUGGGCCGCAGGCCGAGCCACCUGGCCCACAGGCUGAGGCAGCUGUGGCGGAGUCCAACUCCCUAGCGACUUCGCUCAGCGGGAUACACCAGGCUGAUGAUUCCCUGGCCGAGGGGAAUGAUGAGGCCGCUUCAGCUGCUGCGGAAGACAAGUCUUCAGCUCCAGCCCCGAGGAUUAAGUGGGUCUCUUGUGCGCCUCGCUUCUCAUCCGUGUGGCGGUACUCCCAGGCGACUGCCGACUCACCUGCGCCAUCGCCUUCACCUGCGCCGUCGCCAGGGCCAUCUCUGCCGUCACCAUCCCCUUCGCCGCCCAUUCGGGCCAGGGAAGAUUCGACAUCACGCGAUGUGACCACCAGCGACGGUUUGGAAUCGCGCCGACCUGCACAGCGUCACCCAUCGGUCAUCGGGUUUGUUCAGGCCCCAAGGUUGUUGGCAGUGGAUGGUGCCAUGGUCACCAUCACUCGGGCACAAAGAGGGUCACGCCAGAGGCCCUGGGGUUUCAUAUCUGAAACGUGUAAGAAAUUUGGCUUUGCCAGCCGGGAGGAGGCCAUGCUGGCCGCAGAGGAAGCCUUGCUUGAGCAAGCCAGAGGCGCGGGAAGUGUCCAGGCCGCUAAUGGGCCGCUUGGGGGGGAACCGGACCCCGAGGUAUCUUCGCGGUCUGGUAAAGGUAAUCUAAAUCAACCCGAAGCCAUCGAGGCUGAACGUGAACAAAUGCCGAGAGUUUAA